AUGACGGCUACAAGAGAAUCGUCUAUGGAAAAUAAUGAUCGUUAUACUUUCGGAUAUUCAACAGAACUUUCAAAUCACGAGUCGUCAAUGUGUACUGCCAAACGACUACGACAACGAUUACAAAGGCAACAAUCUGGUUUGUCAGGAAAAUCAGGUAAACGUUAUACAGGAGAGAGUAGCGAAUGCUCUUCUCUUGUUGGUACUCCAACUGACACAGGAAGAUCUUUUACCUUUACCACUGGUCCAAGAAUAUUAAGAGACGAAAGAAAAGUUUCAGUGUGCCAGACAAUGUCAGAAAUGAUUUUAGAAGCAAUCCAUCUUGAAGAUGUUAAUUUAGUUGACAAAAUUCUUGCAACACAUCAGUCUAAAACUUUAUCUUCAUCACCAUCUAUUGGUAGUACUAAUACAUUAACAGACUUAGCUAGUAGACAUAGAACAAAUCAUCGUCGUUCAAAUGCUUCAUCAACAUUAUCUACCCACUCAAGUGGUAAACCAACAUGUGCAUUAUAUAAUUCUCUUCAUAUGGCAAUUGCACAUAAGCAAAAAGAUAUUGCUGAAUUAUUAUUAAAAAACGGAUAUGAUCCAAAUGCUUUAGCAAUUUGUUAUUGCAAAGGAAAUUGUACAUCAUCAGGAAAUAUGCCAAUCACCUCAAUAAUACCAUCCUCAUCCUCAAAUAGUAGAACUCAUUCAAUAACACCGGAAAUUUGUUCUACUUGUAGUGCAAUGAGAGUUAUAAGCAUAAUUGACCAAACACCUUUAGCUGUUGCAGUUAAAGUUCAAAGCUCUGAAAUGAUAGCACUUUUAAUAGCAUAUGGGUCUGAUAUUAAUUUAUCUGAUGAAGAUGGUAAUACUCCAUUAAUGUUAGCUGUUAAAGAAACACCAGUAUGUUGGAAUUGUUUAUAUGCAUUAAUUUUAAUGGGUGGUAAAGUUGAACAAAAAAAUGUUCGAGGAAUUUGUCCUUUAGAUUUAGUUCCAGAAUUAAGAAAAAUUCAAAGUACAUGUGUUGAAACAUUAUUUCAAAUUGCAUGUAGUUGUACUGAACAAAAUAAUAUAAUUCAAGAACAAUAUAUUAAAAAUUCAAAUUAUACAAAUAAUAAGGGACUUAAUUGGAGAUUAAAUGUUGAUAAUGUUUCACAAUAUGAAAAACAUAAUUCUAAUAAAUCACCAUUAUCACCAAGGCCAAGUGCAGCACCUUCAAUUAGUACUAUUUCAAUAUUAGAUAAUGUAUCUGCAAAAGAGUCAGCACGAAGAAAAUCACUUAUAUCAUUACAAUUUUAUAGAAGAAAUAAAAUAACAAGAGAAUGUAGUAUGUUAGAUACAUUAACAUGGGAACAAGCAUGGGAACUUUUACAAAAAAUGGCAAAUAAUCCAGAAUGUCUUAGUUUUAUGGAAACAUCAAUAAAACAAUCAAUUGGAAAAAUUGAAAAUAUACCACAAAAUGUUGAUAGAGAUGUAUUUGAUUCACAUUUAGGUGGUUUAUUACAUACAAUUCUUCAAACUGUUAUAAAUGAAUAUCAAUCAAGUACACCUACAUAUCGAAAAACAAGUAAACAACUUUUAGUUAAUGUAUUAAUAUCAUUAAUUGAAUUUUGUGUACAAUUUAUUAAGACAAAUGGUACAAAUAGACAAUUUGCUGCAUUAAAUACAUUAAAUAAAAUAAUUGAUACUGGAUUGGUACAUUCACUUUUUAAACAAAAUGAUAUAUUAUUUCAUUCAUCAAUACUUUUAAAUAGAUCUCAUAAUUUUGAUUGUGAUGAAAUUGAUCAUAUUAUUCAUUCACCAACUGUUGGUUCAACAUCAUCUCAUGAUGAAUGUGAAUCUACUGUUGAUAAUAUAUUAUAUGGUAAUAUAACUAAUAAUGGUUUUAAAUUAUCAGGAAAUGGUAUUGGAGUAAAAAAGAAAAUAGAUAUAAUAAGUGCAUUAUCAACAGUUGAACCUGAUACAUUAAUAGCUACACUUCAUAAUGCUAUUACAAUGCAAAAUAGAGAAGCUGGUAUUAGAUCUGUUUGUAGUCCUGCUCACAGAUGGAGACAAUGUUGGCAACAUUGUACACAAAUUUUAGUUGCAAGAUUGAUGCUUUUUAUGACAAGUAUUAAAAGUUUUCGUUUAAAAUUAUCUGAAAAACAACAACUUAAAAAUUUAGUUCAAUUAUUAGAACCAACAUUAGAUCCACAAUUAUUAUGUUUACUUUUACAAACAUUAGCUUUAAUUGCCCUAAAUCCUAUAACUCAUAAAAUUUUUAUAGAUAUACAAAUUGAUGAUGUAUUAAUACAAUUAUUAUUACCAUCUGAUGAUUGGUAUUAUACAAAUCAUUCAACAAAAUUUGGCCAAUUUGUUAAAUAUCAUUCUGCUAGAAUACUUGUUUAUGUUGGUUUAGGUGAUCGUAUUGGUUCAAGAAUGAAUAUAUUUCAAACAUUUGAACAAUUAAAUAAUCAAAAAGGUUUAUCAACAACAAAUUGUAAUGAAGAUGAUUAUAUUUAUGAAACAUGUUGUACACCAAAAAUAGUUACAGAAUUUAAUCAAACAGGAAUGUCUGUUGAAGGAAUUUUAUUAAAUUUACUUAAUGAUUUAAUUAAAAUACAACCACCAAUAUCUGAUGCUAUUACAGAAGAAUCACCAACAGCAACAUCACCUAUACAUAUGAUAAAUGAAAAAACUACUGAAAAUGUAAGAAAAAAUUCAACAAUAUUAACAGAAAAAGAAAUUCAUGCAGAAACAUUUAGAUAUAAAGCUAUGACUGUUAUGGAAAAUUUAGAUAAUUUAGAAAUUCAUUUAUGUAGAUUAGGUUUAAUAUUAGAUUCAACAUUAUUAUUAAGAUUAUUAUUACAUAAAUUAUCAUGGGAUUUAAGUUUAGUUAUUAAAAAACGUCAACCAAAUAAUGAUGGAUAUGGAUAUAAAAAUAUAACUGAUCCAAGAGGUUUAUCAGGAAGUAUUAAAAUAAUUGAUAAAAAUGAUAGACAUGGUUUAAAAAAUUUUGUUAAAUCAAAAUCAUUUGAUAGAAGAGAAGAUAAAGAAAAUAAAAAAGAAGAUAAAAAUUUUCUUCGUGUUACACAUGGUUCAAAAACAUCUAAAAGAAUAAAAAUAAGACGAUCAAGUUCUGUUGAAAUACUUAGACCUAAACGUUUUAGUAGUGGUGCUAAAGAUUUAAAAGCUAAAGAAAGAAGAAAAAGAUUAGGAACUGAUACAUCAACAGGAUCUAGUAGAUCAAAAAAAACAACAUCAUCUUCUAAUAGUGUACAAAAACAUUUACCAAAAUAUAUACAAUCAUUAUUUAGAGGAAGAAUGGGUACAGAUCCAUGUAAAAGACAUAGUAGAAGAGAUUCAUCACCUGAAAGUAAUACUUCUGGUUCAGAAGCUGUAUUAGAAUUUGCAAAAAAACUUCAAAAUUAUCCAUUAACAAGAAGAGAUGCUUGGAAACAAACAUAUAAAAGUGCAUAUAAUAAUGAUUCAUUAGGUGAUUCACAUAAAUUUAAAUCAUUAAAUACAAAUAAUUUUUUACCUGAACUUGAAGUUCAAGGUGCUUCACCACCUGAAACACCUUGUAUUGAAUCAUUUUGUAAUGAAAUGGCAUCAGAACAAUUAUUACAAAAAAGACCAUCAAGUCCACAAGCUAUUCCUGGAUUACCAUUAAUUGAAAUUAGACGACCAUCAGCAUUAAGUCAAUUUGAAUUUGGAUAUUUUAUAAAUUCACCAGAAUUAACAGGUAGUGAAGUGUCAGAUUGUGCACCAUUAUUAUCUACAGGAAAUGGUGCACAAAUUAGUUCUAGAAAAUCAUCAGAUGAAUCAUCAAUAUAUGGGUGGAGUUCAAGAGCAAGUUCAGCUAUGAGUCAUAGAAGUUCUUCAGGUGCUUUAAGAUUAUCAACAUAUAGUGCUGGAACAUCAAUAGCAUCAGAUAAUAGUGGACCAUUCUUAUUUUCAUUUGUACUUCGUAAAAGAGCAUCAACUAUUGGAACAAGAAUACCAAUACCAAGAAGAACAUAUUCAAGAUUAUCAAGAGAUAGUUUUCGUGUUCCUGAUAGAGAAUCACCAGUUCAUCUUAUUGCUAUUAGUGAAAUGAAUCCAGAUUUUCAAUGUGUACGUCAAUUAAUUUUAAAUUUAUUAGCUGUAUAUACAAAACAAAAUACAAAUAUUGUUGCAACAAUGAAAGAAUGUGCUGAUGUUUUAAAACAAAUAUUAAAUUCACCACAACAUCCAACAGUAAAAAAUUGGUGUGCAGAAAUUAUUCAUGUUGUUAAUGAACAUGUUGAACCAGAUACAAAAAUUAAUUCUGAAUCAGAUGAACGUAUUAAUGAUGAAUAUUUAGAACUUCAAGAUCAAAUAAUAAGUGGAAGUUUACCAACAUUAAAAGAAGAAGCAUCACUAUUAGCAUCAAUUCAAUUAAGUAUUGAAGAAAAUUGGCCACAUAAUCGAAGAACACAAACAAUAAGAAGACAUUUAUUAAAAGGACAAUUUGGUAGAAUACGUGAUUUAGCACAAAAAAUUAUGGUAACACCAUGGGAAGUAGAUCAACAAUUAUAUUGUACUCCAGCAAGAAAUGGUUUUGAAAAUAGAAGAAGAAGUUCAAUAUUUGAAUCAGAAAAAAGAAGUAAAAGUGUUAAUAUUUUACGUUGUAUAACAGAUGCAGAUACUUUAAUGUCAGCAGAUUUACAAGCACAAUGUUUGCCUGCUGAUCUUAGAGGAGAUAGAAGAACAAUAAAAAUGGUUAGAGAAAGGAAAAGAAAAUUAUUUCAUAGUCAAGUAUAUGAAAGUGAAAUAGGCAUGAAAAAAUUAUAUAUUCAAACAGCUAAAAAAUUAGCAGCAUAUGGUUGUAAAGUAUUUCAAGUUAAAGAAUUAGUUCAUGGAAGAACAUUAAGAAAAACUGUUAGAUUGUUAUGUCUUAGUAGUACAGUUUUAUGUUUAUUAGAUGGGCAAACAAAAAUUGUAUUAAAAAGACAACAUGCUUCAACAUUGCAACAAUGGCGUGUUGGUGGUGGUGUAUCUAAACAUCAAUUAUUACUUGAAUUUCGUGGUGCUAAAUGGCAAUUAAUAGCUCCUACAUAUAAUGUUUUAAAGUCUAUAUCAAUGACUUUAUGGGAAAUAAUGCAAAAUAGUGCCAGUACAUCAAUUCAAAAAAGUUUAAAUACAGCUAUGCAGUCAUCAACUAAUGGAAUUGGUCGUUUUAGUGUAACAUCAACCAGAACAUCAACAUCCUCUUCAUCAUCAACUACAGCAGGAAUACUUUUAAAUGAUGAACCAAUAACACUUUUUAAAUUAGAAUUAGAAAGAUUACAGUAUAUUUUACAUUUUCCUGAAGAAGUUGCUUUUCAAUUAUCAGCAACUGAAUAUCAAUUAUUUUAUAAUAUUCAACCAAUUGAUUAUGUAAGAUAUGUAUCGUGUGAUAUAACAAAUGUACCUGUAAUAGAUAAUCCAAGUCCAGUAAAAAAUCUUGUUAAAAGACUUAGUGAAGUUUCUUCAUGGAUUACACAUGUUAUUAUAUCUCAACCAACACAUGAAGAUAGAAAAAUUGCAUUAUUAGCAAUUAUUAGAAUGAUUGAUACAUGUUGGAAUAUUGGAAAUUUUAAUGCUGCAAUUGAAAUAUUAAUGGGUUUAAAAAGUGAUAAACUUCGUCCUUUUUGGUUAUCAUUAAAAUCUGAAGAAAAAAGAAGAUUUGAAGAACUUUGUGAAAUGUUUUUAUCAAGUACAACAUCAACUCCAUCACAAUAUUUUGUUGAAGCAUUACAAAGAGGACUUGCUAUGCCUCAAUGUAGAUUAAUACCAUUUUUUGGUAUUUUUUUAAGAGAUCUUUAUGCAAUUGUUAAUGAUAUGUCAUCUGUUGUUGUUUUAGGACAUAGUGGUAAUAAAGAUAAACUACAAUUUUUGAAUGAUCAAAAUGGUGAUGAUCAUUUUAGUUCAAGAAUAGGUGUUGGUUGUUUAUUAAAUUCAGACAAAAUCAAAUAUAUUACUGCUGUUGUUAAUAAUUUAAAUGUUUAUCAUGAACAUUAUAAGAAUACUAAUAAAUAUAUACCUGAAAGUCCAAAUUCAUCAAUUGGAAGUAGAAGUGAUAUUGAAAUAAAAUCAUAUGAACCAGUUAAUCCUUUAAGAAAUGGUAAUCAUGGUGUUACAUUUAUACCUCUUGAUACAUCAAAAUUUGAUUUAGAUAUCAUACAAAGAUUACAACAUGGUACAACAGUUAUUCAUUAUGAUCCAGUAACAGGAAGAAGUGUACUUUGUUUAAUAAAAUUAGAUUCUAGUUGUGGUAUAAUAACAUGGAAAAAAAUAAAUUAUGGUAUAAAUAAAGAGGGUAAAGAUAAAAACAAAAAUGAAUCAAAUCCAACAAUUAAAAAUACAUUUAAUGCUGCAACAGCUAUUGGUGAAGGAUUACGACCACUUGGUUUAUCAUCAAAUAUUAUACAAAGACCAUAUGGUGAUUCAAAUUUAGAUGAAGGAUUUAUAAGAUUACGAUAUGUUAAAUCUGUUGAAUCAGUUGAUUCAUAUGAUAUAGAUAUUGAAACUAUAUAUAGAAGACAUAGUUCAGAAGAAAUGUCUGUACCUGUUUUUUGUUGGAAUAUAAAUUAUGGAAUUUUACUUAAUGAAAAUGAAUUUUUAUAUUUUUUAGCACCACAACAAAUUGCCCAUUAUUGGAUGGUUGGAUUAAAUGGUAUUGUUAAAAAAUUACAUGAACAACAAAAUUUACCUGAUAAACGUGUUAUUUGGUUAAAAAUAUUAUAUUUACAAUUAUUUCAAGAAUCUGAAAAAUAUGCAAAAUAUGAUGAUGAAAAUAAAUUUUUUGGUCCAAAACCAAUGGAUGCAUUACAAAUAUUUGGUGGUAAUAUGGAAAGAAUAAAAGGAUGUAUGAUAAAUACUGUUCCAACAACAACUAUACAUACACUUACAAAAUGUCCAGAAUCAAAAGAAGUUGGAGAUACAUCAUCAACUAAAAAUCGUUUAAAAACAUUAACUGGUGCAAUGAAAAAACGUAUGAGAGUUCAAAGUAGAGAUACAAGUAGAAGUCAAUCACCACAACUUAAUUCAUCAUUAGUAAGACCACCUUCUGUUAGAAGUCAAUUAUCAAGUCAAAGUGGACCACUUGAUUUUACCAGUCCUGCAUAUUUUUUAAAACCAAAAGGUGAUACAACAUGUAGUGAAAAUGGUGAUAUAGAUUCACUUUAUACACCAAGAUCAAGAACACCAACAAGUAGUUCAUAUGGUGGUAGAAGUGUUGGUGGAAGAUCUAUUAAAUCAUGGAGAGCACGUGGUGGUGAAACACCAAAUUCUGGUAGUAUAAGUAGUGGUGGUCAAGUGUCAGGACUUAAUGGUUUUGCAGCAAAAGAAUUUCAAGAUAAACCAUUACAUUUAUAUGAAUUUGUUGAAUUAUAUAAAGUUUUUUAUACAAAAAUUCGUACAGAUUUAAAAGUUAUUUUUAAUGAUUUUAUUAAUUCAUAUACACCAAAUGUUAUUGUUCAAAAAAAUUCAAGAGAUCGUCAUUCACCAAGAUUACCAUCAAGACUUGAAUCAAUAUCAAAUCAAUCAUCAAAUGAUUUUCUUCCAUAUGAUAUAUUAACAAGAAAUUCAUCAUUACAAAAUUAUACUAUUAGUGAAAAACAACUUAAAAUUUAUAAUGCUUUAGUUUUUUAUGCAACAAAUCCAAAUCAUAUUGAUACAACAAGAAGUGGUUUUAUGAAUGCUAGUGCAUUAAGACAUUUUUUGUGUAAAUAUCAAAUGGAAAUGGUUGAUGAAAAUUAUACUAUAAAAUUAAUACAAGAACAUGAACCUGAUCCUAUUUGUCGUUCUAAACAACAACUUUCAUUUGAAGGAUUUGUAAGAUAUAUGUCAGAUUCAAAUAAUUUUGCUUUUGUACCUGAAUUAAUUGAAGAAAAUUCAGAAAAUUUUGAUUAUCCACUUAGUUAUUAUUAUAUUAAUUCAAGUCAUAAUACAUAUUUAAAAGGACAUCAAUUAAAAGGUGAAAGUAGUGCUGAAAUGUAUAGACAAGUUCUUAUGAAUGGAUGCCGUUGUGUUGAAUUAGAUUGUUGGGAUGGUGAUGAUGGAAUGCCAAUGAUAUAUCAUGGUCAUACAUUUACUUCAAAAAUUAGUUUUCGACAAGUAUUAGAUGUAAUUAAAAAAUCAGCUUUUGAAACUAGUGAUUUACCUGUUAUUUUAAGUAUUGAAAAUCAUUGUUCACUUCAACAACAAGCAAAAAUGGCACAAAUGUUUAAAACAGUUCUUGGUGAAAAAUUAGUUACUAAAUUUUUAUUUGAGGCAGAUUUUACACCAUAUGCACAUUUACCAUCCCCUAAUCAAUUAAAAAAUAGAAUUUUAAUAAAAAAUAAGAAAAUGAUAUCAGAACCUAUGUGUGGACCAUCAUUCUUUUAUGAAAUACAACAAAAUUGGAAUGAAGAAUCACAAAAUAUGAAUAGAAAACAGAGUAAAAAUUCAUAUGAAUCUAGUACUGCUGAUGAAGAAGAUAUAGAUUGCCUAUUUGAUGAAAAUGAGCAAGAUGAAGAGGAAUCUGAUAUUAUAAGUGAAACUGAAAGCCCAAAAGAGAUAAGAUGUAUUGUUAAAACAGAAAGAAAUGAUAGAAUUAAUAUGAAUGAUAUUAAAAAAAAUAAUAUUAAUAUUAAUUCAAAAAAUGAAAUAGAUGAUGUGAAAUUUAACUAUGAAAAAAAACAACAUGCUAUUAAUGAUACAUUAAAAUCAAAUAAUUUACGUAAACAACCUAUUGUCAGCUCACAAUUAGCACCUGAAUUAUCUGAUUUAGUUAAUUAUUUACAAUCAGUUAAAUUUAAAGGUUUCCCAUCACAUUAUAGUGAUAAUAAAACAUUCCAAAGUAGUGAUAAUCAAAAAACACUUCAAUCAAAUGGUAAUACUUUGUCAAGUUGUAAUAGGUCACGUAUAACAUCAAGUAAUAUACCAAAUUCAGGUUUUCCCGUAAAACGACAAAAAAAUAUUAUAAAUAUGUCUAAAACUGAUUCAUUAAAAAGUCUUGAUGAAAUUAAUAAUUCAAUGACAACAACAGCACAAUCACUAAGACCAAACACAAAUGCUAGUUGUUAUCAGGUUACCUCUUUAAAUGAAACAGUUGCUAGAAAAUUAUGUAGAAAACAUCCUUUAAAAUCAAUUGCUUAUACAAAAGAUCACAUUGUUCGUACAUAUCCAGGAGCUAUGAGAAUUGAUUCAUCUAAUUUUAAUCCUAUUCAAUAUUGGAGUCAUGGAUUACAAAUGGUAGCAUUAAAUUUUCAAACUGUUGAUACAUAUAUGGCAUUAAAUUCAUCAAUGUUUGAACAAAAUGGAAAUAGUGGAUAUAAAUUAAAACCAAAAGCUUUAUGGGAUGAAUCACAUCCAUUAUAUAGAAAAUAUAAUCCAUUAUCUAAAGAACAUGCUAAUCAAUCUGCAUUAUUAGUUAAUUUUACAGUUAUCUCUGGGCAACAUGUUGGUGGAACAUAUAAUAAUUUACAUACAUAUGUUGAAAUUGAAUUAAUUGGAAUACCCCAAGAUUGUAUAAAAGAUAAAACUAAAGUAGUUAGAAAUAAUUCUGUAAAUCCUGUUUGGAAUCAUACAACAAAUUUUAGAAUCUCUUUUGUUGAUUUAGCUUUUAUUAGAGUCUCUGUAUGUGAUUCAUCUAAUAAUGGUCGUGUUAUUUGUCAAAGAAUUAUACCAUUAAAAUGUCUUCGACCAGGUUAUCGUCAUCUACCAAUGAGAACACAAUCAAAUAAACCAAUGGAACAAGCAUAUUUAUUUAUUUUGACAAAAUAUGAACAUGAAGAACAUAUAUAUUUAAAUGAUGAAGAUAAUCUUAAUAAUAUUGCUUAUGAACAAGAAAUGAAUUAUCAAAAUUUAAAAUUAUUUAAAGAUUCAUGUGUUAAAUCAUUACCAAUAUAUAAAAAACAAAUUUUUGUUAUGAGAAUUUAUGGUAUAUCACAAGAUGAUAAUUGGAUAACAGUUGAAGCAGAAGAAAAAACAACUGUUAGAACUGUUAUACAAUUAGCAUUACAAGGUAGUGGAAAAAAUACUGAUAAUGUUGAAGAUUAUUUUUUGGUUGAAGAAUUUGUUUCUAAAACAAAUUUAAAUCCACAUAUUAUUGAAAAUGAGGAACCAUCAGAAAUGAAUAAAUUUAUUAAUCAAAGAAUAUUAUUACCAAAUGAACCAAUUAUGGAUGCUGUUGCAUCAUGGAAUGGUGUUGUAAAAAGAUUUGUAUUAAAAAGAAAAGGUUCUGAUCAAAGUAAUAAGACAUGGUAUAGUAAUAUUAUUAAUAAAAAUGGACCACAAACAAGUAGUAAUACAUUACAAUCACCAAUAAUAUCAUCACCAAAUAAUCAUCCUACAUUUAGAGAAUCAUUAAGUUCAAAUGAUAAAAGAUUUGGUUUAACUGAACCUGUUAAUUUAACACAAAAAUCACUCUCAUCAACACAUAUUCAUGGAAAUUCAUUAGAAGUACAAAAAACAAUAGAAAAUAUUGAGUUACCACCAUUAAUUCUUCAACAACGACCAAAAUCAAUGGGUGAUACAUUUUUAAUUAGUAUUCAUAAUGUUAGUAAAGAACAUCCUUAUGCUAUAUUAAGAGUAAACAUGAGUUCAACAGCUAAAACAAUAAUAAGUCAAUUAUUUUUAAAAUUUAGAAUAUUAGAUGCAAAUGAGAAUGAAUAUAUAUUAUUAGAGGAAGUUUAUGAUGAAUCAGAAGUACAAAAUCGAUUAAAAGGAAAUAAAACAUCAUUAAUACCAUCAAAUGCAAAAAUAAGUUAUAGAGCAUUAGCAGAGGAUGAAUAUUUAUAUAAAUGUCAAAAUCAUUGGGGAUAUGGUGGAAGAUUUGUCCUAGAAAAUAAAAAAGAUACGAAAAAACGAAUCAAUGAACAACCAAGAAAAGUUUCAUUAUCUAAUGUUAGAUCAUUAGGCUUAACAAGAAGAUUUUCAAAGUUUGGUAAAAGUUUAACAAUGGAUGUAAGUAGCAAAGUAGAUAAAUAA